AUGCUCUUCAAAUCGAAGAAGGCGAACCUCUGGUUCUGCUGCCUCGUUGCUUGUACUUGUAUGGCUGUAAACGGUUAUGAUUCGUCUACUUUCAACGCAGCGCAGGGAUCAGUUCAUUUCAUGAACUACUUUGGAAAUCCCUCUCCAUCUACUAUCGGCUCGGUCAAUACCGCAAUGGGCGUAUGCGGUAUUAUUUCAGGCGUUUUCUUCUCAGCUCCCAUUUCCGACCGGUUCGGCCGCAAGUGGAGUAUGUGGGCUGGUGCCACAUUUGUCAUCAUCGCGACCUUUGUUUCGACAUUUACACCUCCUGUUAUUGGUGGCUUCAUCGCAGGUCGUGCCAUCACCGGUUUUGGCCAGGGAUUGAUGAUGCCGGCUGGACCAGUUUAUAUUAACGAACUAGCACCGGCCCACCUCCGGGGUACUAUCAUGAGUUUCUGGCAGAUCUCCUUCACCGUGGGAUCUUUUGUCGCAUAUUGGAUCAACUACGGGUGCUCCAAGAAUGCCCAGAGCCUCGGAGAAUGGGACUGGAAGACUGUGAUGCUAUUUCAAAUCUUUUGCCCUAUUGUCAUCAUUUCGGGACUUUUCUUCUGUCCUGAGACUCCAAGAUGGUAUAUCCAGAAUGAAAGGUUCCACGAGGCUCAGGAAGUCUUCAUGGGAAUUCGCAACGACCCAGACCUCAUUGCCCAAGAGAUGGAAGAGAUACGACACGCCAUCGCGUUUGAGAAGAAACAGACAAACAGCACUUGGGACCGAUACAAGUUGAUGUGGACGGAUAAAUCUGUGAGAAAGCGCAUGCUCCUCGCGGCUGCCAUCAAUAUUGGACAACAGCUUACCGGAAACAACUCCCUCGCAACCUACUCCACCAUCAUUUACAAGAAAGUCUUUACUUCGAACAGCCAGAUCCAGCUCAUCAAUGCUUUGGCUGGAACCUUUAACAUUCUCUUCACUCUGAAUGCCACUUGGAUGACAGAUCUCCUGGGACGAAGGCCUAUCCUCCUCAUUGGCGUUGCUGGUAUGGCAGUCUGCAUGUUUGCAGCCGCAGCUGUAGUCACCGAGACGCCGGUUCUCGAGGAUGGAUCCAAGUCUUCAAGCGUAGGUAUCACAACCGUCUUUUUGAUGUUCCUGUUUGCCCUGUUCUUCAAGCCUUCUUGGGGUGCAACAGUGUGGAUAUGGACUUCAGAGGUUUUCUCUAUGAACGUUCAACAAAUAUUCCCUAUCUUUCUCACUGAGAAGGGAUUCUAUGCCAUGUAUAUGUUUGGUGCUAUUAAUGUGGUUCUCUUUGCCUUCGUUUGGUUCUGUAUCCCAGAAACCAAGGGUGUAUCUUUGGAGCACAUGGACGUACUGUUUGGUGGCAUAGACCACGCAGAUGGGGGAGCUGCCAUGGUCACUGCGAGAGGGGAAGCUUUUGAUAAUGAAAAGGCUUCCGCUGAUGUCAUCGAGACGUCGGUGAUCCAUGAGGCCAAGUCUGACAGUGCAGUGUGA